AUGCAAAACAAAAAAGCAAAAGCACAUGCACCGACACCUUUUACGCGAAUGACUUCACAAGAAGAAGAAGAAGAGGAAGAGGAAGGAGCAGGAGACUCGACACAAGAAGAGAACAUCAAUAACGAUAUGCGUACAAUGUCAAUCAUUGAUCGCGUCGAUGUCACACAGCAUUUUGACGUGGUCAGUGCUUUUGAUAUGCCUCGGUUACGAUUUAACCAUGUUCGCAAGACUUUUAUAACGUGCAACGACAAGCCUGUAUUGCUUGGAUCCGCAAAUGAAAAAGCUGCCCUGUACCGCGAUCGCUUCGAUAUUAUCAAACAACGGCUUAUGCACAAUGAGAAUUUCUGUCCACCAUCCACGCAUGUAUCAGAUAAUGAUACGUAUCUAAAGAUUGCACCCAUCAAAACGCUCAUUGGUCGUGAUCGCGAGCAUUUCUUGCUUUUUGGCAUGUUGACACAGCUGGAAGAAGGGAAAAUAUUCUUGGAAGAUGAGGAUGCACAUAUAGAGCUGGAUCUCUCGUCAUGUGCAUAUGAUGCAGGGAUGUUUACCGACGGCACUUUUGCCUUGGUCGAAGGUCUCUAUGGUGAUGAUCAUAUAUUCCAUGCAGAAGAACUUGGUUUCCCACCUCCAGAAUCACGGGCGCUCACAGAUACCUUUUACUCCGGCGUUGAUUUCCUUGGAUUGAGAAAAUUGAAAGUGGAAGAGGAUCGGCUAAAAGCGGAAGAAGUCGCAAACACCAAUGUAUUCUUUGCUAUUCUAUCCAAUGUGCACCUCGAUGAACCACGGGUGAUGAAUGCGUUGCGUCGAGUAUUUGAAGGUUAUGAAAACGACACACAGAUCCCAUUAGCAUUUAUUCUUUGUGGCGACUUUUGUAAAGACAAUUCUAUCGAUCCACAUGUCUAUAAAGAUAAUUUCACUGCAUUGGCAGACCUGAUUCAAGAAUUUCGAGGCAUAGCAACACAUUCGUACUUUGUGUUUGUUCCCGGUAAUAAAGAUCCUUCCAUGGGUGGCGGCAGCUUACCACAGACAGUGAUUCCUGAAUGGUUCACAGCGCGUAUGAGAGGAAGAGUACGGAACGCCAUCUUUGCAUCGAAUCCAUGUCGAAUACGCUAUUGCACGCAAGAUAUCGUCGUUUUCCGCGAAGAUUUGUUUAGUCGCUUAUGGCGAAACUCCUUAUUAUUCCCUCAAAUGACUGAAGAAGAUGAACCAACCAAACAUCUUGUACGCACAGUCAUUGAUCAAGGCCAUUUAUGCCCGGUUCCUUUAACAGUAAAACCCAUCUAUUGGGCGUUCGAUCAUGCCUUGCGAUUAUACCCCUUACCGCAUGCACUCAUCUUGGCAGAUCAAUGCGAAUCAUUCGGUUUGACGUAUGAAGGCACCCAUUGCAUUUGCCCGGGCAGUUUCCCAACUUCAGACUUUUCUUGGAGAACGUAUUAUCCGGCGACGCGAUUAUCUGAGAAAUGGUACACACUUUAUCUCUAA